AUGGGUCUUGUUUUUGGAUGCUCCACCGUUGUGGUAGUCAUUAAUGCUAUUGCUUUGGCGUUCUUGAUCUUAGCAACAAUCACCGCUCCUGUUGUUUCAAUGUUGGGUUUGGCUGAAGCUGAUAAUGUCAAGUAUGGUGUUUUCGGUUAUUGUUCAAGCUCAGGUUCAAAUUGUUCAGAUGCAACUUUCCCUUACAAAGUUACUUCAUUAUCCCCAAACACAAAUGAUUGGAAAAUGGAUGACAGUGCAAGAGAUACACUUGCUAAGAUCUUGAUUGUUACACCUAUUGCUGCUGGGUUGACUCUGUUUUCAUUUAUUUUCAACUUAUUUGCUCAUUUCAAAGCUUUCGGUUCUUCAUUGGCAUUCUAUUUGAUUGGUUUUUUCUUCACUUUAUUAGCAUUUUUUGGUGCUGCUAUAACUUGUAUUGUGACAUUUUUGCUAUUUUUCCCACAUGUCACUUGGUGUGCUUGGAUCUUGAUACCAGCUGCCAUCUUGAACUUAUUUGCAGUUCCAUUGAUGUUUUUCGCUUUAAGAACUACACCAAGCUCUUUCAAAGAUGAUGAUGAAGAAGGCGAAGUUGAAGAUAAGAAUUUGACUGAUUUAAGUGAUGGUGAUAAUUUCAAAUCAAAUAAUGAAUUCAAGCUGGAUGAUUUUACUGGCCCAAACACCACUUUUACAAAUUCCUCAAUUGAUAAAAACAUUCCAUCAUCAACUUUGAAAGUUAUUACAAAUGAUACUUCAUCAAUGACUGAUCAAAGAUCUGGGUUAGAAAAGGCCACAGCUCAUGAUUAUUCAACUAAUAAAAACCCUACAAAAGAUUUCAACUAUAAUGGGCAAAUUCAAACCCAGCAUUAUGGAAACAACAACCUGAACAACGAAGGUACACCAAACUUGGUUUCUUCUCAAAACUAUAAUAGAGGUGGUGCUGUUCGUUCAGAAGCCCCAAGUAUCAAACCACAAUCUGCAAAACCAGAUUACAGCACUGCUGGUGCUUCUUUGUAUCCAAAAAGUGCAUAUCAAUCACAAAAUAGUGCUGUUCCACCUUCAAGAUCUCAACAAAGAUCUCAAUAUCAAGCUCCUCAACGUCCUUUAAACCAAUUCCAAUCUUUACAACAACCUGGUUCUUUACCAAGAAACGCUACAUCAACGUCUUCAUCCGGAUUAAAUACACCUGGUGCCCAGAAUACAAAUGCUAUUCCAUCAAGUGUGUCACAAUCAGGUGUCCCAAGUGGUGUACCAACAACUUCAUCAUCUGUUUAUAAUAACACUGAAUCCAAUUAUAAUAGUGCAAAUGGGUUGGGAAAUUCAAAUCAUGGUUCUUCAGCUUCAGAUGACUAUGAUAAUGAAUUGGCAAAUGAUAACGAUUCAGAUUUUACGUCUGUUUCACAAAGAGCUGUUAAUCCUCGUUAUUACCGUGGUGCUAAUGCAGCUCCAACUUUAUUUCCAAAUCAAGAACAACAACAAUUGGUUUCACCAUCACAAGGACCAGGAAGUUAUUUCCCAUCUGGUCAGCCUCAACAGCAACAAUAUCAGCAACAGCCAUAUCCAGAUUAUACAUCAUCGCAUUAUAGUGGAAGUGCUGUUCAACCAGGCCCAUAUUCUCCGCAACCUCAAUUCCAACCAGGUUCUGCACCAUUACCAUCACAACAUCAACAACCUCCAAGAAAAACUGCCUCCGAUGUUUUGUUAUCUACAAAUCCUGAUUUUAUGGUUUCUGGACCAGCUUUCCAAAGACAACAAUUCCCAAGAAGAGCAAAUCCACAAGCUACAGGAAGUUAUAGACCAGCUUAUAAAAGAGUUCAAGGUGGUAACAGUAAGAUAACUCCUGCAUCCCUGGGUGGUGAUAGUCCUUAUAAUUUCAAAUGA